CUACAGUGUCAUUUCAAAAGCCAGAUAAAAGCCAAAUGAGGAGGCUGGGAAAGAGUGUCCAACGUAGCGGUUCUGAAAACCACCCUCCAUUUCAUUCUGGAGCCGGGAGGUCACACCCAGGCAUCAGAAUAGCUUCUCUCCUCAAAGUAAAUUAACUGUCAAACAGAUCCCUCAGGUCUGGUGGUAGAAGACACAAGAAUUUUAAAGGAAUAUUCCCUGCCCUCGAUGGAGAAACUGAGGCUUGGAGCUUCUGACUAACUUCACAAGGCCACACGGCAAUCCACAGAGCCAUACAGAUUGUACAAACCCGGACCCUAAUUUCUGAGUGAAGCACUGGAACAACUGAAGCAUAUCCUCAUCCUCCACUUGACAAGGUCAUGGAAGAUCUAGAGGGAACAGUAUUUGAAGAAUUCGAGAACUACUCCAAUAACCUGGAAUAUUACUCCUCAGAGUCCGAUUUGGAGGAGAAAGCCCACCUGGGAGUUGCUCAUUGGGUCUCACUGGUAUUAUACUGUUUAGCAUUUAUUCUGGGCAUUCCAGGAAAUGCCACUGUCAUUUGGUUCACAGGGUUCAAGUGGAAGAAGACAGUCACCACUCUCUGGUUCCUCAACCUGGCUAUCGCAGAUUUCAUUUUUCUUCUCUUCCUACCUCUGUACAUCUCCUAUGUGGUCAUGAAUUUCCACUGGCCCUUCGGCAUCUGGUUGUGCAAGACCAAUUCCUUCAUUGCCCAGCUGAACAUGUUUGCUAGUGUUUUUUUCCUGACGGUGAUCAGCGUGGACCGCUACAUCCACUUGAUCCAUCCCGUCGUAUCUCAUCGGCACCGAACCCUAAGGAACUCCCUGAUUGUUGUUGUUUCCAUUUGGUUUUUGGCUUCUCUAAUGGGUGGUCCCGCCCUCUACUUCCGGGACACUCUGGAGUUCAAUAACCACACUCUUUGCUAUAACAAUUUCCAUGAGCAUGAUCCUGACCUUACUUUGAUGAGGCACCAUGUUCUGACCUGGGUGAAAUUUAUUGUCGGGUACCUCUUCCCCUUGCUAGCAAUGAGCAUUUGCUACUUGUGUCUCAUCUUCAAGGUGAAGAAGCGAAGCAUCCUGGUCUCCAGUAAGCAUUUCUGGACCAUCCUAGCUGUGGUCCUGGCCUUUUUGAUUUGCUGGACUCCUUAUCACCUGUUUAACAUUUGGGAGCUCACAAUCCACCACAGUAGCUAUUUCCACCAGGUGCUUCAGGCCGGCAUCCCCCUCUCCACUGGCUUGGCAUUCCUCAACAGCUGCUUAAACCCUAUCCUUUACGUCCUCAUUAGUAAGAAGUUCCAAACUCGCUUUCGGGCCUCAGUUGCUGAGAUCCUAAAGCACACACUGUGGGAGGUCAGCUGUUCCAGCACAGUGAGCGAACAGCUCAGGAACUCUGAGACCAAGAACUUGUGUCUGCUGGAAACAGCUCAGUGAGUUAUCCAUAGAAGGCUUUUGCAGGGGGUAAGGGGCCCGACACACGCUUUCGAUUAUUUGGUUCCCAGGUAUGGUAAUAACCAUCUUUUUUUGUUAAGCGGUUUGGUGGUUUUACAUUCUUGUGUGGGUCUGAAAUGUAGGAAAGAUCUUCAUUUUUUUCCCCUGCAAAUUAAAUUAUCUGUCAUCCUUGCUAAUUAUACUGCAGUGGAUUAGUCACCACUGUUGAUGCAAUAUCAGCUAUUAUUUUUUUAAUCUUAAUGACUCUGAAGUCCUAGAUCUUAAUGUUAAGUAGAUGAUUAAUUCAUUUCAGAAAUGUUAACAUAUGUGCUUAAGUUCACUUUUAUUUUGCACCAGUAACCUAUUAGACAUAUUUUUGAAGUGCGACAUGUACUUAAUUUCAUUAUUUCAUGAAAUCUAUGUACAUACAUUUAUAAAUUAAAGUAAUAGUUGAUUACAGUAGUUUAAAACAUUGUAAACUCUUCAUGCUUAGUGAAGUGUCCCAAAAUCUAGUCGCUUAAAAUGACAAUUUAUUGUCCUAACAUCUCACAGUUCUGAGUCAGAAACUCAAGGCACAGAAUGGAGGUUCAUCUCUGUCAGCCUCACAGGUAUGCAGCAUGGGCUCGAUUGGGAUGUCCCAAAUGGCCGAGUUUUGGAACAGCUGGUCUCCUCUGCCCUACUGUCCCUUCUUUUCUUUUUCUUCACACAGCUCUUCCAGUAUGGUAGCUCAGGGUAGCCAGACUUCUUACAUGGCAGGUUAGGGCUCUAAGAGACCAAAGUGGGCAUUUCUAGCCCUCUUAAAGCCUACGCCCACCCUUGACACGGUAUCACAUCACUGUACUCUUUGGUCAAAGUAGUCCUGGUCCAGCUCAGGGUUAAGGGGAGGCAACAUAGACCCCACCUGCCAAUGGGGAUAUGCUCCUAUCCCUAAUCCCUCAUGAAAUCAUUAUAAAUAUCAAGAUUCUUGGAAAAUUCUGGGUAUGUGCAAGUAUGUAUAAGAUGGCUAUAAACAUAAAACUCUGGCAUCUAGAUGGUGGAUAGGCCAGCCCAAUCUCAGAAUGUUUUCAGAAAAAGAAAGCACAUAUGACAUUGAUAUAUUUCUACCUUCUAUUCCUCUAACUGUGUACAUGUAUGUAGACACCAGUACAAGAAUAAUAAAGUAUGCCUUUAAGUCAGUAACCUCUUCAAUUUUAAAAAACAUUUAAUUUUCUGUAAUUUCUUAAUCUUAUUUUGAAAGUUGGGAAGGGAGCCAUGUUAUUUAUUGAAUCAGUAUCCAUUUUCAAUUUCAUCUCUCAGCUUCUGGAAAUGCCAAUCUUUGAUCGCUUACUGGCUAUGUUCUUUACUAGUAGUCCAUAGCAACAGUCAGAUCUGAUUUUGGAAAUUAUUCCUCAAAAAUGCGUGGCAUCACUCAUUAUGUCCCAAACUUUGGUCAUCCCUGAAUUUCAUGGCUUCUGCCACACCCAGUAUGGAGGGAAGGCAAGGAGAGAAGGGCUCAUUGCGUGUGUCUGUCCCUCCAUGACCAGAGUUUAAGAAAUUCCACUCUGGGGGCGCCUGGGUGGCUCAGUGGAUUAAGCCACUGCCUUCGGCUCAGGUCAUGAUCUCAGAGUCCUGGGAUCGAGCCCCGAAUCGGGCUCUCUGCUCAGCGGGGAGCCUGCUUCCUCCUCUCUCUCUGCCUGCCUCUCUGCCUGCUUGUGAUCUCUCUGUCAAAUAAAUAAAUAAAAUCUUUAAAAAAAAAAAAAAAGAAAUUCCACUCUGGGUUCCCCGUCACCCUCAAGGGAUAGGCUCUGAUUUCCCAGGUUCGGGAGAAAAGCUGGAGGAUGGAAGACAAAGAGAAUAUCUUAGGCUCAUCCUUAGUUUGAGCAGAUGGACAGAUUCUCAGGGCUUUGGGGAAAGAGGAAGGCUGAGGAAGCAAGAAGGGGAUUAAGCAACCAAGGGCAGAAGGAAAUGAUGGAGCAGGUGGUGUUACCACCUAGGAAGCAAGAGAUUACCAAAGGCCUAUGAAAAUAUUUGAGAUCUUAAAAAAAUAUUGUUGGGUCUAGAAUACAGAAAGGGAAACUUGAAAAGUCAAAAUUAAUAAAUACUUAAUCACAUGUCUAUAAAAUACGUCUUUAUGUCAAUGAGUCAAAUGAAAUAUUUCAUAGUUAUAAAAAAAGCUUAUACUUAAUAUGGACAUUCAAUGUGUUUCAGUGUUUGAUAUGAGGAGUGAGGCUUCCAAAAAAAUUUUUUUUAAUUUAAUUUUAUUUUUUCAGUGUUCCAAGACA